CUGUCUACGAUUGGUACGACUGUCGUCAUUUACCAAAUUGAGCGGCAAGAGGUCAUCAGCAAGAUUGGUGGCCCAGGAAAAGUUGUCCAAAUAGACGAGUCAAAAUUUGGAAAACGGAAAUAUAAUAAAGGAAGGCGGAUUGAGGACCACUGGAUUCUCGGCCACAUUGACGAUGGAAGUGAAGAUUUGGGACUAGAGGUGUGCCCCGAAAAUAUCAGGUCAGCGGACGUACUAAUGCCCCUAAUUAAAAAACAUGUGGCUGAAGACACCACAGUCCAUACAGACUUCUGGAGGGCGUAUGAUUGUUUGGGGGAACAUGGGUACAUUCACAAGAAGGUGAACCAUUCCAAUCGUGAUAACCCAUUUGUUGCCCCUGAUGGCAUUCACACUCAAAGGAUCGAAUUGCAAUGGCGGGUGGUUAAAAGAUUCUUUAAAAAAUACAAUUAUAACCACCCGGAAAACUUUGCAGAUAUUAUUAUUACAGAAUAUUUGUGGAGAAGAUCAGUCCAAAGAAACAAAAAGGAUCAUUUUAUGGAAUAA